AUGUCAUUCGUCCACCUUGUACUCAGCGUCAGCUUGGGUCGCACUAUCAACGAUCUCAAAAAGGCAGAGAGCAUGAGUGGCCAUGCAGAUAUCGGAAACGCCCCCGCUAUUUUUCGCGAAACAGUCAAACGCAUCCCAUCCCUCCUGGCAUACUUCGAAAAUUGCAAGCAAUAUCUCGAUACAACUACGGUGAUGACGGUGGAAGAAGAGCUCCCCCCAUUCACCAUUUCCUUCUUGGAAAUUUGCGAGCACAAUGCUUCCCGGGUAAAUGAGAUCUUCUCAGCCGUGGUUGGAAGUCCAAAUCCAGCGGCACAGUACCGGAAAGUUGCACGAGGAGCCCGAUUGGAAGAUCUAAUGAAGAAAAUUCUGACGAAUGCGAUUGAAAUGUCGAAUACCACACAAAUUUCAGUCAUAAGCAGUGUCACGGAAGUCGGAAAGCUCCAUAGAGAUUUGCGCUCGUUUAUGGAGAUGCCUGUGUCGUUGCCGGAAAAGGAAAACUAG